AUGACAACACUUGAGUCAUCGUCUGCGGUGGACUCGAGCAUGGAGGACACCUCACAAACCCUGACGCAACCGCCAAACCACACCACCACCACCACCAAAACCAAAGCGAAAAACGACUACACGAACCGCUUCGACGGAGACGGGAAGAACGGAAACGAAGAAGACGACGGCGACGAAGAAUGCGACGCGGAGGUUUGGGAGACGCUGAGCAAGAGUUUCCGGGAGGUCCAAUCGGUUUUGGAUCAGAAUCGAGCUUUGAUUCAACAGGUUAAUGAGAAUCACCAGUCCAGAAUUCCUGAUAAUUUGGUGAAAAAUGUCGCCUUGAUUCGGGAGAUUAACGGUAAUGUUUCCAAGGUCAUGGGUCUCUAUUCGGAUCUUUCGGUAAAUUUCUCCACCAUAGUUCAUCAGCGACGCGAAAUCACGGGUUCCAAGGACAGCAGCAACAGUGACAGCAGCAACAAGGUGGACAGUAUGGAGUAG